GCACCAGAGCGGCCCGGCGAUCAAGUCGUGGAUUGCUUCACUUUUGGGUUGCGUCGAAGGGGAUAUCCCAUCUGUGCCCUCCCUUCCUGAGGUGUCUAAUCACCCCCCAGACACCCGGGCGGAAAAGGCCUGGCACGCAAGGAGACUGGAUGAAAGGGACCGAGGAAGAGGAAGACAUCCACGCCCGCCACCUCAACUUUGACCUUCGCAGAAGGGCGGCUCGGCCCCCAAAGCGGUGCCAAAAACAGGCGGGCGGCCUUGCUCAGCCACUUGAUUGACAACUUCUGUAUUUUCUGCCUUUGAGUUCUAAAAGUCAGGUCCGGCCCUGGCAGGAGCCACGAAUGGCAACGAGGCAGGAAGUUCACAUUGUGUUUGAGAAGAAUGGCGCCCCCCUUUUGGGGAUGGCGACUGAGCACGAGGGACGUCAUGCUUACCAAUGUCCAGGCCAGGAUCAGCAACGGAAAAAGCCAGAAAGAGCAUCUAUGUUGUUCUUUUUGUUGUUGUCCAGGCUUACGUUUGUUGGCUUUGGUGCUUUCUCUAUCUUUAUCGCAACGUGACGGCCAAUAGAAAUGGCUAAAUCCUAGGGCCCGACUCGCCAUAGGAAGAAUUUGCGGCGGGCGCUGUCGGGCGGCCUGGCAGUGGGCCACCGAGUGCGGCUUAAGUUAUUAAAAGUGAGCAGCUUUCACCAUUGGUUGCUGACAUGGAAGCUGGGAUUAAUUCCCGUCCAGGGCGGGCGGCCACCGUGCCUCUCAUUUGAUGUGUGGCCGCCCCCCGGACGCCUCGCCUCGCCCUGCCCAGCCCUGCCCGGGACCCUCGGGUCGCGCUAUGAAGCGUCAGCAUGGGUUUCAUGGAAUUCUACCUGGAAAUUGACCCGGUCACGCUCAACCUGAUCAUCCUGGUGGCCAGCUAUGUCAUCCUGCUACUGGUUUUUCUCAUCUCCUGCAUCCUGUACGACUGCCGGGGGAAGGAUCCCACUAAGGAGUACGCGCCCGACAACGCCCCGCCGGCCCCCGGCCAGUCACCCAUCCGCCUGGUGGUCAUGCAGAACUCGCCCGCCUCCGCCCGCUACGAGCCCGAGACGCCCACGCCCGACCUGAGCCGAGAUCGCGAGAAGAGGAGCACCCUGGUGUGAGGGAUCGGAGGGCGACGGCAAGGAAGUCCGAAGCGGGCUCCCUUAGCACCGUGCUCAGAGCCAAAUAGGAACGCGACAGUGAUGGAUGGCCGACGGGACCAAAAUGCUGCCCCGUGUGGACGGACCCAUUUGGACAAAAAGCUGGCAGUGACCUUUGACUUGUUUAAGGACAAUUUGCAGCAAUGAGAGGGGGGCGUUUUGCGGCAAUCGUAGCGCCCUCAAAAAUCUCUUUGCGGCUAAUUUUAACUUCCAUCCCGAUAGUAGGAGCCAUAACAUUACGUUUUAUCGGAUUCAUUCUCAUGCGGAAAACAUAAAAAGAUGGAUAUAAAGGACACGGGGAGACUAGAAGGGAUAAAAAAGAUGAAAAUAAAGAAAUUAUUUUGCGCAACAACAGGAGGGGCUGCGUGUCACCAAAUCCUCUUACGUAAAGCGACCCAGUGUGGCCUGCCAAUCAUCCAUCAGAGCAAUUGCACAAUUAUCGUCCAUGUCUGUGGAUUAUUGUCUGCUUGCCUGCCGGAGGCGUAUUAAAAAUGUGUUUGUGCUUUUUUGUCCGUCCACCCGGUUGUCCGUCCGUCUGUCAGAAGCUUACGUAAACAUGCAAACACGCAAAGCCCUGACGAUGAGGACAUUGCUCGUGCUUCCGCAUCAGGGUGCUUCAUUCCAUGUCCAUUUUCAUCAUUUUCAAUUUGAAGCAGCUGUUUGUAUUUGUCAAUUCAGAUCAAUGCAGCAAAUUUGAGCAAAUGAAUUAAAGGCCCCUGAUGAUCACAAA